GGUUCCUGAUAGGCCUCACUCGCCAACUCCGGUGGCCAGCUCAUUCCAACCUUCUUUUCGCUCACUCCACUACAAAGCGCCCCCCCACCCUCACCUCUCUCCCUCUCUGUCAUCACCUCCCAUCGAGCCAUCGACACCAUCCAUCCCCAAUGGCCUCCUCACCCAUGCUCAUUGGCCUGACCACAUUUCUCCUCCUCACCGCGUCCGCCCUCUUCGGCCAAACCGAGUCCAAGGUGGCUCCCGGUCCUAAGCCGGCGCCGCUCAACCUCACCGGCAUUCUCGAGAAGGGCGGGCAGUACGGCACCUUCCUUCGCCUGCUGAGAGAGACGCAGGUAGGGGAGCAGAUCGAGAGCCAGCUGAACAACUCCUUCAAUGGCCUCACCAUCUUCGCCCCCACCGACAAUGCCUUCAGCAACCUGAAAGCCGGCACGCUCAACAGCCUGACGACCCAAGAGCAGGUGUCGCUGGUCCUCUACCACGUCCUCCCGAGGUACUACAGCCCAACCACCUUCGAGACCACGAGCAACCCGGUGAACACGCAGGCAUCGGGGAGGAGCGGCGUCUACACCGUCAACAUCACCAGCACCAGCAACCAGGUGAACGUGUCCACCGGGGUCAACCAGACGCCCAUCAACAACAACCUCUACUUGGAAUUCCCGUUGGCGGUGUACUCGGUGGACAAGGUGUUGCUGCCCGCCGAGCUUUUCGGGGCUAAACCUCCCGCGUCAUCACCGUCUCCGGCGGCGACUCCGGUGAAGCCUAAGAAGAGUGCUCCGGCAGCUGACGGGCCUUCCGCGAGCGCCGACACAGCGCCUUCUGCGGCUAGUCGCAAGGGAAGGAGCGCGGAACGGGUCCUGCUUCUGGGGAUCGGGUUGGCGUGCGUUGGGAGUCUUCUCUAGGGAGUCCAUUGAUUGCAUGGGACUGUGACUGCGUCGUUGAUCUCUUGGGUGUCUGGUUUGCCGUUGUCAGUAAAUUCCUGCAUGCAUUUGUACCUUUUAUUUCUACCAUUCAUGAGUUAUUUUA